GCUUCUUGCACUUAAGAGGAUCGAACAGUGUGGCAAAGUCGAAGAAUCCCAAGUUUAGCUCAUGCAACCUCUGAAUGCGAUUACAAAGAUAGUAGAAGCUCAAAAUGGUGACAACCCAAGGCAAACAAGUAUCCACCUUGUCGAAGGGAUAUCUGUUUGUAUACAAUGUGAUACAAACUCUUGGUUGGUUCUACAUAUUUGCGGUAUCAUGUCUACACUUCAUGGAAGAGAAAAGCAUUACAUCUCAAGGAUUAUACCCUAAAGUGGAGAUUCCACUCAAACUUUUCCAAACUGCAGCAGUCUUUGAGAUAAUUCAUUGCGCCAUUGGUAUAGUCCCAUCGUCAGCUGCCACUACAGCAAUGCAAGUUUUCUCCCGUUUGUGUACUGUUUGGCUGUUUACUAUACCUGUCAGCCAGGUGCAAAACAAUUUUAGUGUUUUGCUCUACUUGUUGGCGUGGUGUAUCACAGAAGUCAUACGAUAUUCAUUUUAUGCCUGCAGCUUGCUAAAUUGUCUACCAUUCUUCCUUCAAUGGUGCCGAUAUACGUUCUUCAUCAUUCUCUAUCCAAUUGGUGUUACGGGUGAGAUGUUGACCGUUGCUGCAGCCAUACCAUUUGUGAAGAAAACUGAAAUGUAUUCUCUUUCGUUACCUAACCAACUGAAUGUCUCAUUUUCAUUGCUGUAUUUCAUGUACUUUUGUCUUUUGGUAUACAUACCAGCUUUUCUCAUGCUGUACAGCUAUAUGUUUCGUCAGCGAAAAAAGGCUUUUGGAAGAAAUACUGGACGUUCAACGAAACAUGAUUGACCAUUUUCAGGCUAUAUUUGAGAGAUUAGCAAAAACGUUACAUUUAUUAAAAAUAAUAAAUGUUUAAAUACGAAUGAAUUAAUUGCAAGGGUUGUAAUAAGUUGCUAUCUUUUCUAUAAAUUUUCUCUUUGGUUUGAAUACGCUGCUUUACUUGAGUAUAAUUUAGUAAAUUAAAAGUUAUCAUUUAAAAAA